GAAAACCAAACACGCCCUAGGGUUUUGACUUUGCGAUGUAUGUUAAGAUUUCGGUGCUCAUCUUUCGUAUUUUUUCUGUGACUGCGAGAUUUGCAAAUCAGAAGCAUGGGGCACUCCAAUGUGUGGAAAGCUCAUCCCAAGAACUAUGGACCUGGUUCUCGCGCCUGGUAUCGUGCUUAGUGCUUAUGCAGAGUUGCAUUUUCAACCUUACAUUUCUUCACCGGGACUCUCCUUCACAGGUGGCUUGUGGAUUUUGAGAGUGACUUUGAUUUAAUCUUAGCACUGGUUGAAGAGAGCUGAAUAGAGAAUACAAAACCGAUGGUCCCCUUGCCAGGCUCUCUAAGGGGUUUUCAUAAUCUUGUAUCUUCCUCCCGGAUUGAAAAGCUAGUUUCCCUCUUACAUUCCAAACAAUAUCUGCCACCAUGGCUUCAGUCUGUACGCCAUCUUAGCUUUACCGAUGAUCACAGUAAACAACAUGCUGGAGAAUCUGAUGACUUUUUUAAUCUACAGUCAGACUCAGGUUCAGACAAUAGUAGCAACUGUACCGACGAGGCAUACAAUGUUGAACAAUGUAUGUCAGAAACAAUUCCAAGUAGGCCUUUGAGAGGUAGGAAGCCAAUUAAUCAGCCUCCACAUUUCCGAGAAUAUGAUAGAGGUUCCCAUUCCUUCCCUCCCAGAUUUGAAGACAACCAUGAUGACCUUGAUGAAAUGGACAAAACUAAUAAAUCUUCUCAAAUUGAUCUUGCAUUUGAGGGCACAAAUGUGGCAGAAACAAAUAGGGAUGUUGGCCAAUCAGGAGACAGUUUCCUUGAUAAAUUCAAGCUUGGUUUUGAUGAUACAACAGUGAAUCUGUCAGUUGUUGCAGCAGGCAAGCAAUCUGAAGAAGCAAAGAGGUCAAAUCACAAUCAACCAGCUCAAGAAUCUAUGCCUGAAGAUGCUGAUGAGAUCUUCAAGAAGAUGAAGGAGGCUGGUCUUAUCCCCAAUGCUGUGGCUAUGCUCGAUGGUCUAUGUAAAGAUGGUUUGGUUCAAGAAGCCUUGAAACUUUUUGGUUUGAUGCGGGAGAAGGGAACUAUUCCAGAAAUUGUCAUAUACACAGCGGUAGUGGAGGGAUACACAAAGGCCCACAAGGCUGAUGACGCCAAAAGGAUUUUCAGGAAAAUGCAGAGUAAUGGAAUUUCACCCAAUGCUUUCAGUUACACAGUCCUAAUACAAGGACUCUACAAGUGUAGCAGAUUACAGGAUGCUUUUGAAUUUUGCGUGGAGAUGUUAGAAUCAGGGCAUUCUCCAAAUGUGACAACUUUUGUAGGCUUAGUGGAUGGUUUCUGCAAGGAAAAUGGCGUCGAAGAGGCUAAGGGUGCUAUUAAAACAUUAACAGAAAAGGGUUUCGCUAUUAAUGAGAAAGCUGUUAGGGAGUUUUUGGACAAGAAAACACCAUUUUCACCGUCUGUUUGGGAAGCCAUCUUUGGGAAGAAAGUCCCUCAGAGACCAUUUUAAAUAUCUUUCAGACUAUGUAAGCUUUCAUCUAAUUCUGUUACUAAUUACCUAUUUUAUGUAUAUAUUAAUACAUUUUCAUAAUAACGCAUAUGUUUAUUCAAUUAAGUUGAAUAUUAAAAUAUUUUA